AUGCCAGUUACUUCCGAGGGCGAAGACCUCCUCUACAAUCUAGCUUAUGAGUGUGAAGGUCUCUUCUACCAGCUGCAAGAAGCCUUUCAGAAGACGCAGUCCGAAGUCGCAACUGCUCAACUAUGCGCCGAGUUUCAACAACGCUUCGCAGUAUGGGCAGCUCAUCUCGGCGUUUUUGCUCGGAAGAGCCAAUGCCUAGACACAAGGCUCCAAAACCAUCCGGAUCUUCAAGAUCUCGUUGCUCGGUUGCUGGAUGUCCUCCGUCGCAGCCUGCAGCAAUGCACGGCCGAUACGUCUAGCCAAGGAGAGGGAGAGGGGGUUCCAACGGCAGCUCUGAAAUCGAUAGACGAUACCCUCACUCGACUGAAUCGUCUAGGAGUUACCAUUCGCCAGUCAGGUCGUGGCAAGUUCGAUGCCAGAGCCAAGAAAUUCGCCGCGGGCCUCGAUCUAAGCUCAUUUGCGUUUCUAUGUGCCAACGCCGUGCAAGCUUUAUACCCAGGGGCCCAUCAGUCUCUCAAAGACUAUCUCAGCAAAUCAAUGACGGAUAGGUAUGCGAGGAUGCUAUUCUUCGGUUCUCGCCAUAAGAAACUUGAGACCCGUCGAGAACGACGCAUAGGGUUGUCACCCAUCCACGAAGUACCAAAUAAAGAGACACAGUCAAGCAACCCCGUCGUCCGGCUGCCGAUGAUGCCCAAGAAUCCAGUUCUAGCUCACCUUUUACGACCAUCUGCUGCACCGUCUUUAUCUGAUUUGUCUAGCGUCAAUAUGUAUCAGAUCAGAAAUCGUCUCAGACCACCAGACGAGGCAUCGACAAGGUUUCACAAAACAUCGUCAAUUCAGGUAAACCAAGGCAACUAUCCGCGACUGCCCGCAACCGACAAGGGCAGUAGCAUUUUUACCUGCCACUGGUGUUCUGAACCACUUAGUAAAAAAACGCUAUCUGAAAGUGAAUGGCGCCAACACAUAGAUCGAGACCUCAAGCCUUACAUAUGUCUCUCGGAGGGAUGCACCGAAGCGCACCCGGCUUACCCUACUUUCGACGAAUGGUUCACGCACAUGGAACUGCACGACUCGCGAUGGCAUCAGCAAAUUUACCUGACAUCUAGCUGGGUGUGCACCGUUUGCGAAUUCAACCAAGACGUCUACAGCAGCCCGCAAGCCUUGUAUUCUCACUUGGAAGAAUCUCAUGGUAGCGAUUUCACAAACGCGCAACUCCAAGCCAUUUCACGACAGAGCAAAACAGAAGAGCCGAGAGCUUCAGACGACUGUCUUCUUUGCUGUUUUGAAGUGCAAGAAAAAGGGAACACUGGCGAGCCGAUGUUCCCCAAACGACGAAAAGGGCAGCCCAAGCAAGAAGCUAGCAAAAGUGCCAGGAAGACUUUGGAAAUGACAAGUCCCAAUUCUCACGGCCCAGAUUUGGACCUCUCUGACACCUCUUCCGACUCAGACGACAUGAGUUCUCAUCAGAAUAAAAGACAGCGCAACAAAGACCGUUCCAAGGCUGUAGCUCGGCAUGUUGCGGUACAUUUACAAGUGCUGAUGCUUUUAACCCUACGCUUCGCCGCAGCCUUGCAGCAUGAUGAUGAGGACCUGGAUGAUGGCGCCAAGAGUGAUUCCGUCAAUAUCGAUGAAGGAAACAGCGCCUCAAUUGGCGGCACCGAUCUGGGAAAACUAUCUCACAUCGACUCCGAGGCAGACGUCGUGAUGAAAGAUGGAGAGGAUGGAAACGACGGGAAACAGGCGGAGGGUGUUAUGGAACUAGACGAAGACAUGGAUAAUGACAUCGCAGACGCAAGUAUCCCAGUUCCUGACACGGACUUGGAUCUUGACUUCGUCCCAAGGCAAUAUGAUGACCUCGAAGCCAAGGAUGAUGAAUUUUUAAACACGGUCAUUGAGUCUGGAGCCUACCAGUCUUGGCGAAGCGACUUGGUGGGCAUCUCGGAUAUUAUCUGCGUGCUGUAUCCGCACUCAGAGAUUGCUGGCAACGAGGUCCAGCAGUUGGCCAUGAACGGAUCGCCAUACAUCAUCAGUAAGAACGAGGUUGACAGUUUUGGCAAGGACGAGGUUGACAGUUUUAUAGCCAACAAAGAUCUAGAGGAUCACCCGAGCCUCUUCGAGCCUGAUACCACGAGCCAUGGCGACCACGCCAUUUUACUACGGCUGUCGAGCCAAACCAAAAACCCUGCAGCUGGUUUUUCCUUUGGAAGACAUCCUCUCAGGUGUGAUGUUGCCUUCGUUAAUGAUCCGCUGCGGAGAAUCAGCAACAUACAUUUCCGUAUAUACGUCACUAAGUACGGCAUGGUGAUGAUUGAAGACAUGUCCACUAACGGCACUUUCAUCAACCAAAACCUUCUGACUUUUCACUCAAAAUCCUCUGAAAAGCGGCCUAUUUCACAGGGGUUAAGCUCGGGAGAUAUUAUUAGUCUCCGUCUUCCCGAUGGUUCGAACGACCUUUCUUUUCGAGUUCAAAUUCCGCACCGAGACGAUGAACAAGAGGAGGCAUACGCGCACCGGGUAGAGAAAUACCUUGCUCCCUAUGCCUCACAGGCUGAAGUCGUUACCGGGCGGGGAAGUUCGCCUUCUGGUACGGACAUAGUUUUGGAAGCCGCCAAGUCUUAUCGCGAGUCCAUGAUGGCGCAAAAGAAUGCUUCCGAUGAGAUAUCGUCUCGCAAACACUCCCCUGACGAAUCGGUGGUGGACAGAUGGCAGCAAUCAGCCGAUCAAGUGGUUGCUAUCGACACACCGCCUGAUGAGGAUGCCAAAGAGGAGUACAAGAGCCCUUAUGACAACUCUAAUGCAGACGUUAGGAUGAACAACGAGAUACACCCAGAAGAUAUCCAAAGGAUUGAAGUUGCCCAUAAGGGUACUGAUGCGCCGCCGUUUGGCUCCCGAGAUCCGUCCUGCGAACGCGAUCAGCCUAUGCUGAAUACUCCAGUUGGCAGUCCUGUCCCUAAAAGCCCUCAGCCGUCGAAUGAAGAUGCAGAAAAGCCUGAAGCAAUCUUCAAAACAAUCGAAGUUCAGCUCAACAGCUACGUGACGCAGUUACAUAUUUCUAUGUUGUCCCAUGGAUUGGGCAAAUGCUGGGAAGCUUUAUCCCUCCUCCAGCGGGAUUUCUACUCGUUUAGCCGGCGUCAAGUCAAAGACGGCAUAAAUAAUAAUCAAAUACAUUUUCGCUCGCUUUCCAAUCUACAUGAGGACCUUCUGUCCACUUUAGUCGACUUGCGACGCCUUCUACAAACUGAAGAUCGCAUCCCUCUCGCUUAUAGCUUGGCGUUUUGCGAGAAAAUUGCGGCUUAUCGAACACACCUGGCGGCUUUGAAGAGUCAAAUACUUGAGGAGCAGGAGGCUGAGCCUUUCUCCCAAUCAGAUAUUGAGGCUGUUCCGCUCGAGGCUUUGCAAGUCACCGAUCAACAUUACAGAAACGGUGUCCGUAUCCUUGUCCGGCCUCUUCCUGGGCUUCCCGAUUUGCGCUUGAACUCUGGCAACAGUGACAAAUGGCUAGCACUCCGUGCUGAUGGGGCUUCCCCAGAUAGCCCUAAACAUAAGGUCCUGGCUAUAACUCAGGAUUUGAUAGACGCUAAAUGCACAAUUAGGAUACCUGAGUCUAUUGGAGAUGACUUAUCACGGCCGCCGUUAUGGUGUGAGCUCUACUCUCUUAGUCCAGCUCGUGAUAGUAUUGCCUUCUGGAACAAGUCGGAUGUGCCUGUCUCACUCAGCCGGAUGUCUCAUGCUAGUAGCAGCUUGUCACUGAAUGAACAUUAUAUCGUUAAACCGGGUCUCCCCAAAAGCCUUGGGCUAGGCACCUUUAGGGUUGAAAUGGAGCUUGAAAACGACGAUGUUGCAUUGAUGGACAUUCGGAUUUUGGGAAAGAGACCAACUGCCGCGAAGCCGGCUGUGUAUGGCGACACAUUGGCUUCUCAGGAUGAGAGCCCAGAGGAAACUAUAAAGAGAGAGGAUGAGAGCAUAGUGGAAAGCAUAGAGAGAGAGGAGGACUUCAGUCCCCAGCUCAAGAGAGUUGGCCACGUGGAUUUUGAUAAUCUCGCCAAGGCCAAUGCUGAGACUGAGAAGGGCCAGCCCGUGCUGCCUCCCAUUCCGCAGGCCCCUCCCCCUGUGUUGAUCUCGGGGGAGCCAACGAUUCGAAAAGCUCAUCCGGUCGCGAUGGUCUAUAGUGGCCAUCGGGCGCGCGAUGGAGAAGAAGAAAAAGACAUGGAGGCACCUCCUCACCCGCGCCGCGAGAAGCGGCGACCUAUCGACAAGAACGAAGAUGAAGAAGAGGCACAGCGUCAGCGCCUGCGCCAGCGCAUGGAUAGGCGGCGACCUAUUAUCGUGGACGAGAGCAGUCACCAGAUGGUCGACAAAUACGCAGAAGGAGACAUGAGGGCACCUCACCCGCGCCGUGAGCAGCGGCGACCCAUUAUCGUGGACGAGAGCAGUCAUCAGAUGGUCGACAAAUACGCAGAAGGAGACAUGAGGGCACCUCACCCACGCCGUGAGCAGCGGCGACCCAUUAUCGUGGACGAGAGCAGUCACCGGGCACGCAAAGAGGAAGAAGAUGAAGAAGAGGCACAGCGCCGGCGCCUGCGCCAGCGCAUGAGUGAUCGGAGCCGGUCGAAUACCCGUCGUCACCGCGUGUCCUAUGACGAUGGAGUCUAUCGAUGGGAGUAA